AAUAAGUUUCUCUCACCGGAUAAAUGACAUUCGAUCUCGCUCUCUCUCUCAAGAUGCUGCCAUUGGCGAUGCAACCCAGUAGCUGUUGCUCUUUCCAUCCCUCGACACUAACCCCUUGCUUUUCUUCUGCUUCGAAACCCGUUCCCAGAACACCUUUCAACAACUCAAUCGCUAAAAAAGGGCCAAAUCCCUCUUCGUUUCAGUCUUCAAAUCUCAAAUUCAAUCGCGAUUCGAGAAGCAGGAACCCCAGUUCUCUCCCCUCCGCUUCUUCGGCAGCUACGUUCGAAUCAAUCGCAGAAGAAUUGGAUCCUACUCAACCUGUAUAUGAGAAGCUUGGAGUAGUUGUGAAGCCAAUGCAAAAAUCAAGGCUUGUAUUGAAGUUCAUGUGGAUGGAGAAGAACAUAGGUCUUGCACUUGACCAAGUGAUUCCGGGCCAUGGCUCGAUUCCUCUGAGUCCCUAUUACUUUUGGCCUAGGAAAGAUGCUUGGGAUGAGCUUAAAAUCCUGCUCGAGAGUAAGCCCUGGAUAUCUCAAAGGCAGACAGUCAUUCUUCUUAAUCAGGCCACUGAUGUCAUCAAUUUGUGGCAACAAAGCGCCGACGAUCACUCGUAAGGUUUCCAACUAGGAAAUUUUGUCAUAUCACUAUUUAUUGACUUACUAGCAAAAUUUAGGCACGUGUUGUUGUAAUUUGUUGCAUCGAUGUUCUCUGACUUGCUUGAAUUGCUUGGGUUGAUAUAACCAGAAUACAUGAUGUACUUAUUUAGGAAAGAUUCUAUGAAACAUGAGAUCGGUUGGUGUUUGACGAACUAUUGUGUAUUGUUAUCCUUCAGGAUUCGAUGUUAUUUAAUAUUGACUUAUGGUACUCUCUGCA